GGGAAAUAGUCAUAAGCCAGGGACGUGGGGGAUUUACUGUGAUCUUAAGGAAUAUUUGAUUAUAAAUAACUCUAGAACAAAGGAAAAAGCAAUCUACAUGAUGAGAUGUAUAUGGGAAAUUUGCGGGGGACAUUACAAAGAUUCGACUAAGGUAGUAAGAUUUGUUCCCACACAAAGGAUUAACCUAUAUGCAGAAACACAACGCAUAUAUGAUGAAUAUGAUAAUAGAAUGGUAAUGAUAGGAGCAAAACGUGGUUUCUAUGAAUAA